GGGAUAUUGCAAAGGGCAUUGCUGUUUCAGGAUACGCUUUGCCUGUCAGAUGCAGUCGGGCUGUCCCUUUAAGAGCUUGGCCCGGAGCAGGAUGUGCUGUUUAUUGGUUCAUCAGCGAGCGACGUAUGUGUAAAGAUGGCUUCAGAGUGUUCCUGCUCCGAGUGAUGAUGUGGAGGAUCUGCAGCUCCGGGUGAUAGACCGUCUGGGUUUCUCCCGGCCGCUGCCACAAACCGAUGUGGUUAAAGGGACCUGAGCUUUGUUUCUGCUUCCUGUUCAUCGCUUCUUAUUUCACCAACAAGUAUGUCCUUUCACAACUGAAGUUUACUUAUCCCACAAUUUUUCAAGGUUGGCAGACACUCGUGGGAAGUUUAUUUCUUCUGACAGCCUGGAAACUAGGAAGGGUGGAAAUCAGGAAAAAUGCUCUAUGGUCUGCCAAGGUUUCCUGGAUCCCUGGUGCAUUACUGUUUGUGGGUAAUAUUUAUGCAGGUUCCCGGGCAUUAUCUAAACUGCCUAUUCCAUUCUUCUUGCUGCUUCAGAAUACAUCCGAGCUUAUUGUCACCAUAUUCCUGAAAAUUGCCAGAAAAGAGAAGUUGUCUUGGCUGAAGUUCCUCGGUAUGUUUAUGUUUCCUUUAUCUGCUGUCAUUUUGGCAUACAAUGACUCUCCGUUUGACCCAGGAGGCUAUAUCUGGGCAAUGAUACACAUUCUCUGCGUUGGUGUAUACAAAGUAUUUCAGAAGCUAACAAAGUCGUAUUCACUAACCGAGCUUGAGGAGCAGUUCCUAAACUACUUAUACAGUGUGCUGAUAUUGAUCUUACUGGCUCAGCUUUCAGGUGAUGUUUAUGGUGCUUUGGAGUUUCCGUUUCUCAACGCCUACCGAUUUCACAGCAGCUGCUGUGCAAGUGCAAUUUUGGGAGUGUCCUUGAAGUUGGCUUCUGUAAAUGUGAAGAGCAAUCUGUCUUCAGAACAAUAUGGUACAUUGAGACUGGUAACAAAGAAACACAGGGGCUUACAAGGAUGGCUGCAUUUUGAAAGGAAGAUAUUUGUUACCCAUUCUGAAAGCUGUUUGUGUAGCUGAAGAUUCAGGCGAUGUGCAGAUGAACUGGAGCUGAGAGGUUGUUUCCAGGUGAACUUGAUGGGUUUGUUGACUAAGCACUGAUUAUGAACAGCCAACAAAAAGGUGACGGCUUGUCAGGUGAGUGAACAACUUGGGCUAUGAGCAAGACAGAAAGAAGCUAUUCACCUCUAUUAAAAAUCUUUCAUUUUCAGUUCCCUUCUUCCUUUACCCCAUAUUUCAAAUCUCUGCCAGCCCCAUAUUCUUCCUGAAGUCCCCAGUUCUCUAAUUCUGACCUCUUUAAAAACCUCCAAUUCUAAUUGCUUGGGCAGUGGUGACUAUCCUUUUAACUUGUAAAACUCAGCUUUAGAGUUUACUCCCUAAAAUUUUACAUUGCUUUUACAUGGCUUUCCUUCUCUCAAACUUUCCUUAAAACCUAUCUCUAACCAUUUGAACGAGUGCUCCCUUUGGAGUUCAGUACCAUUUUGCUUUGUAAUGCUGCUCGAAGUGCCUCAGGAUGCUUUGUCACAGUAAAUUCUCGAUAGAAAUACCAGGUUUUGUUUUUACUGAGGGUACAAAAUAUAUUGUAUCGUUAAAUAUUUUAUUUCAAAAUCAUAAAGUCACAAUGAAAUUCUUCUGAUUUUUAGCCAAUUAGUGAAGUCACAGAUUUAAUCCACAGACAUUUGCUUUCAGCGAGGCAAUGGUGGAAUAGUCACCCUAGAUGACUUGAGCUUCACUGAGCAAGGAUGGUACAAUCUGCCAUUUUUUUUUUCCUCAAACCCAUCACUGUCCAGCAGCUCCCCUGGUUUGCAAUGUAUAUAUUUGGGCUUCGGUUGAGGGGCAGUAUCUGUUUUUAUUAUGGUGCCCCAAGGUGAGGAAUGGACUACUACAUUAAAAGUGACUGCUCAAAAACUGGAAAGUGCGCCAUUAAAUCAUGGCCAAACACAAUUCGGGAGAAAAAGGCAAAUUUCAAUGGUCAUCACAAAUUGCACUUUUGUAUUUUGAGAAUAUCUUUUUUUUUCAAAAGAGUUCACGUGUCAUUAUUUUUUCUUUAUUUGUUUUCUCCAUCAGGUGGAGAGUUUGUGGAAAUUUACAAAAUGUGCUAUUUAGAUUCUUUUGAAUUCAUGUUUUGUCAUAUUCAAGAAUCAAAAUUCAUUUGCUGAUUUUCCUUCCUGACUGAGCAACUUGGGCUACUUUCACUUCAUGUAACUUGCAGUUAAAUCAGGACCUGAAUUUUGCAGUAAUGACAAUGAAGUUGCAUGCUAUGUCUAGCCCAUGCAACUUGACUACCACUUCACCCACUGUCUUUAUGACUGAGACCACAGCACUUCCCACAAACACCACGUGGACGAGAGAGAAUGAGUUAAAUGCUGCAGUUUGAUCUCCGCAGUUCCUGACGCCAUCUGAAGCCUGAAAUUAAACUGCAGACUUCUAAACCAUCUUGACUGCCCAUAACUCUGGAUAAAUGAACUAAAAACAGGAAAUUAUUGUACUUGGCAGUUCUGUAAUUUAAAAAAAAAUACAAUUUUGAUUUUUGUUUUAGACACAAGGCCGGUUCUCUCCAGAAAAGUUGUGUGGAAAUCAGUGAUUUCAUCUGUUCAAGGUUGUUUGUCACAUGAUGCUGUAAGAGAUGUGCCACAGCUGAUUAUAAAGUGUAAUAAUGUGGAGAAAAUGGUUCACUGAAUUUAAGUACCGUGCUAUUAACUUUAAGAGUCAAACACUAUUAUAACAAAUGCUAAAGUGAUAGUCUCCAUUCUUAGUUUUAAAUAUCUUAAGUAUAACAUGUUAUGAGAAUUUUUCUAGUGGAUUCAAGAUGAUCUCUGCAAUAAAGUAGAAACUUUUUUUUUAUUUUUCUGUAUUUUUGAUUUGAGGACUGAAAUGGGAAAAUCCCUGUUGUAAAAGCCAAAUAUUAUUGAAGGAUUGCCACACUUAU